AGGGUGGUGGGGAGGGGGUGACAGAAAAAAACAAAGAUGGCAGUGUAAAGCUAGAGACGAACUAUCGAAUAGACGUUAGCAGAAAGAGCAGGUUUAAGGGUUCAGGUAAGACUGGAGAGUGUGCGUGUGUGUGUGAGUGUGUGUGUGUGAGUGUGAGUGUGUGUGCUGUUCGGAAGGCGGAGAGGACGCAGCUCUAGCCCGGUCAGGUCGCACUGUCACAGCCGAAUAACGGAGUCACCAGCUGGAGAGAGAGCACCAACAACAACCAGAGCUGCUUUGUCGAUGCAGGAGGAAAGCAGUGUUUCCAAGCUAGAUACAUCUCCUGAGCAUUCUCUCAUACUGAUAUCCAGGAGGAACUUAAAGAAGCAAUCACAUCUGCUCUCCACAGCCUGACAGAUAGUCUGUGGUGUUUACUUUCCUCUGAAGUGGUUCCACUUUUUGUCAGGGACUCGUAUCAGUGGGAGAUUAUUAUUACGGUAGAGUUUGUGGAUAGUCGGACGCGCUGCUCAGCUGUUCACAUCUCCACAGUGAAUAAUAACCCUGUGUGUGUCUCGGUCCGACCCGGAUGUCUGCGAUGGAAGAGCGUGGCGAGGUGGCGGCCGCUCCAGGCUCGUCCUCAGCCGGCUUGGGUGUCGGGCCAGAGGCCGUGGCUGCAGGUGCGGGUUUGUCCGGUAUUCAGGAAGAAUCGGGCAUGCGGAGAGAGGGUUCCGGUUCUGGUCCGGAGACAGAUCCGGACGCGCCUCCCAAAAAGCGCGUGAGGCUGCAGGAGGGCGAAGCGGGUAAGCUCGAGGAGCGCCUCUAUUCCGUCCUGUGCUGCACCGUGUGCCUGGACCUACCCAAAGCCUCGGUUUACCAGUGUACAAACGGGCACCUGAUGUGUGCUGGCUGCUUCAUCCACCUGCUGGCGGAUGCACGACUGAAGGAAGAGCAGGCCACAUGCCCGAACUGCCGCUGUGAGAUCAGCAAGAGCCUGUGCUGCAGGAACUUGGCGGUAGAGAAAGCUGUGAGUGAACUGCCCUCAGACUGCAGCUAUUGCCUCAAACAGUUCCCCCGCUCCAGCCUGGACCACCAUCAGUCAGAAGAAUGCCAGGACAGGCUUACGCAAUGUAAAUACAAGCGGAUCGGCUGUCCGUGGCAGGGGCCAUUCCAUGAGCUCACUGCCCACGAGGUUGACUGCUGCCACCCAUCUAAGACUGGCAUUGAGCUGAUGGGCAUCCUGGAUGAGAUGGAUCAGAGCCAUCGCCGAGAGCUGCAACUCUAUAACAGCAUCUUCAGCCUGCUCAGCUUCGAGAAGAUCGGCUUCACAGAGGUACAAUUUCGGCCGUACCGCACAGACGACUUCAUUACCCGGCUGUACUACGAGACGCCGCGCUUCACCGUGCUCAACCAGACAUGGGUGCUGAAGGCACGCGUCAACGACUCAGAGCGCAACCCCAACCUUUCCUGUAAGCGCACACUUUCCUUCCAGCUGAUUCUGAAGAGCAAAGUAAACUCGACCCUAGAGUGUUCCUUCCUGCUGCUUAAGGGCCCAUACGACGACGUGAAGAUCAAACCUGUCAUCCAGCACCACGUCUUCUCCAACGACGCCAACGAGACGGAGUACGUGCCGCUGCCCAUCAGCGACAGCGUCGAGUGCAACAAGUUGCUGGCUGCCAAAAACAUCAAUCUGCGCCUCUUCAUCUUCCAGAUCCAGAAAUAGGUGAAGAACGGAGAAGCGGAGGAAGCGAAGGGAGGCAGGGAAGGAGAUCAAGGGUGAAGAAGUGACCCUGAACCACACAUACCUCGACAAGAACAAGGAUGAGAUAGCAAGCUAUAUAGAGAUGGCCUAUACGACCUGCAGUCGCCUGUGUUUGUUUGUGUGUGCAAGUUAAUGGAAAUGUUUUCAUGAUCUAUACGGUCCAAAAUGAGUGUCUGUUCAUCAACAAUCUGACCAUUUCUGAUCUGUUGCUAGUUUAAAAAAAAAAAAAAAAAAACAGGACAGUCCUGACUGGACACCACCUUCAUAAUGUACGCGUCAGAGUGUGUGCAUGCAUGUAUGUGUGAAUGAGCGUGAAUGCGCAAGAUAACCUAAUCAAAGCACUACAGACAAUUCUACUAUCUCAGCAUGAGUGUGUGUGUGUGUGUGCGUGCGUAUGCCUGAGUGUGUGUGUGUGUGUGUAGAUUCUCUUGUGACUGUGAGACAGGCCUGUUGGAGACGUAAUCCAGAAAGCACUGGAUUUAAUGUUUUUAAACAGCCUGAAGUUUUAGGCAGUGUUACUUAAGACAUCCUGUGGUACUGUACGUGUGUGUGUGUGUGUGUCCAUGCAGUGGUUCUCUCCUGCUCAGAACCCUCCUCUUAAGGCUUACACGUGCACACACACACAAAUCUCAGCAGAAAAUAGGCUGCACCUGCUUUAAAUGUAUUUUUGUAAGUGAAGGGAGACAUUUUACUUGAGGUACAGCAGAUAAGGCAGUCUGAACAAAAUGGCUGCUGACCUCUGAACGCAGAACAGCGGAGUUUGCAUGGUUUUAGUUUCUUCUUGGUGUGUUCUUAGGAGCACACAUGUUUAUCCCGGUAGCAUUAUAAUCUUGUAAACUAACUUAAGUUUGAUAUUUUUAACACAAUUUUUAUUUAAGAACCUGUGAAACUUUAGCUUUAUAUCUUAUUUAGAGUUUGAUUUGUCAUUUCAGAUUUUCCUCUCUUACACACAUCCCUGAACCCUGGCCCAUUAAUGCCACCAGCUAAUCCAUUGUUAUUACUUUAUUUGAACCCAAAUGCAUUACAGUUAGCAACAAAGAAUCUACUCACCAUAGAAACAGAGUGCCCCCUACCUACACACACACACCCACACACACAUCAGAGAGCCAGACAGGGUCUAAUCACAUCCCUGUGUUGUUGAACUCGACUGUAACUGAUCUGAUUUGACAUACUUGAAUUCUUGCGGGGGGGGGAGAAAAAGUAUGAAGCUGAUCUAGACAGCGUGUUCGAUAUCGACGAGUCUAGUUUGAACCUGUUUCUGUAUUGAAAAAAGCUUUUAAUUCUCACAUUACACUCUGCCUGUAUUUGUGCCUUUCUAUUAAAGCUCAUCGAAACUAAAA